CUUGUCGGGACUUGUAGUUAGGAGCUCCGACGGGCCGGUUGUGGCGUACAGGGCCAGUCAAGGCGUCCGGGUUACCAAGGAGUGGGUGGAUACUAUAGUGGCAAACACCACCGUGGAGCUGCUCCGAGAUCCCCGGGAGGUUCGCAGGCGCGCUUUCUGCCUGACCGGCCAGCCGUCUCCGAAGUUCGCUCGGAGGCGGAAACGACGCCGGAGGCAGGUCAAGAAACAGGUCAAGAAACAAAAGAAAAAGGAAGCUAAGAGGCCAUUGUCAAAGUCAAAGAUCAAGGAGAUGUCCUCCUCAGGAGUCUACAAGCUGGACGAUGGGAAGCCUUACCUGAGCAACUGCUUUCCAGCCAAAAGUCUACUUCGGAUGCCGGAAGAAGGGAGAGGGCAUUGGUUAGUGGCUCGGAAAGGUAACCUCAAGAAGAAGGCCCCGGGUGUGGUGGCGGCACCCUCCGAAGGUCAAGAAAGCCAAAAGAAGGUUUGUUUUGAGGUUGGGAAGAAGAAACUGUCCCAGCAGAAAAGCCAAGCAGACAUUCCUGGACACAUCCUGGACCGUGCUUUUCUGCUAAAGCACCACUGUGUGAGGAAGCCAUCGGACCUGUGCACCAUCAACGUGAGUGGCCUAAAGUUCUCCAAGGCAAAGGAAAAGGACUUCAAGCAUUUUCAUUCCGUGAUUUAUAUCAAUGCCUCGGAAAAUCUGCUGCCGCUAGAGACAUUUCAUACAUUUCCAGCCCUAAAGGAACUGGAGCUUGCAUUUAAUGGCAUCAAGACCAUCUACGUGAAAUAUGGAGACUUUAAGUUAUUGGAAUUCUUGGACCUUUCCUUCAACAGCCUGACUGCAGAGGCCAUCUCUGACCUGGGGAUUCUGCCACACCUCCGCGUCCUGCUCCUGACAGGCAAUGGGCUCACAUCCCUACCACCCAAUUUGGCUGUCACAGAACAGGAGGCAUCCGUCACAUCGCUGACAAGCAGAAGGUACAUCUUGAGGUUCCCCGCCCUGGAGACACUGAUGCUGGAUGACAACAAGCUCUCCAACCCCAACUGUUUUGCCAGCCUAGCCGGGCUCAGGAGACUGAAGAAGUUAAGCCUGGAUCAAAACAGGAUUUUCCGGAUCCCGUACCUACAGCAGGUUCAGCUCCGUGAUGGGUCGGGGGACUGGGUUGGAGGCAAGGCAAGUACUCGGAAAGAGCCCCAGUCCGUGCUGCAGCCCAGGUCUUGGGUGUAUGAGGCCUCCGAUGAUCAGCCCAACUACACUGUUCUGCCGAUGAAAAAGGACGUUGACCGGACAGAGGUUGUGUUCUCAUCUUACCCGGGAUUUUCAACCUCAGAGACAACCAAGGUAUGUUCGCUUCCUCCCAUAUUUGAGAUUCUUCCGGUGAAGUCACUGAAGGCCAGGAACCAGACACUGGCCCCUCCCUUCCCAGAGCUGAGGUACCUUAGCCUGGCCUACAACAAGAUCGUGAAGGAGGAUGCGCUCCUGCCAGUAGCUCUCUUUCCAUGCCUUUGUGAGCUGGUCUUUCAUAACAACCCUCUGGUGGCUCACACACGAGGGGUUCCUCCACUGCUAAAGAGCUUCCUGCAGGAGCGACUGGGGAUCCACUUAAUUCGAAAGAAAGUAGUAAAGGUUAAGCAUCGUAUUUUGAUACCUCAGAAAGAAUCACGGAAGGUGAAAACACAAGUCCCCAAGGUGCUGAAGCGGCCUAUGUUGCUCCAUCACCCACCUGUGACCGCAAUCCAGUCUCCCUCCUGGGAUCUGUUAGAAGAGGCCGAGCUGGCUGAAGAGCUGCCCCCGGCCGGAAGCACUUCUCUGGAGACACACCCACUCAUCGAGGGCCCAGAAGGCCUUAACCUGUCCCAAAGGAGCUUUGUGCCGCUGCCUCCUAUCAGCUCUGACUCCACUGUGCACAGUGAAGAGAUCACAUCCCGCCCCGGCAAUGCAGAUGGCCACCUCAGCCCAGAGCACCGGUCAGAGGAGGACGCCAAGAGCACAGAGUCUGUCUUCCUGACCCAGGUGAGUGAGCUGCCUUCCUCCAUCACUCGUGUGGGUGAUUUAGAGGUGAAGGAGGAAAGCCAGAGGAGACCGGCAGUGGCCCCUUCCAAGGUGAAGAAGACUCCGAAGAAGCUCCCCUCUUCCUCUAUCCCCAGCAAGUACCAUGGAUAUGAGGAGCUGCUGACAACCAAACCUGAUCCAGCCUUCAUUGAGCCUAAAGGCAUCCAGAAGAAUGCACAGGCCCUGCAGCAGAUGCUCAAGCACCCACUCAUCUACCGCUCCUCCAAGGCCAAGCUGGACUCAAUUCAGAAACGCUUUGUCCCCAAGGAGAAGCAGGCUCCUAGGAUCCCUGUUCCACCCCCACGGAAAACUCGAGCCCAGCUGCUGGAUGAUAUCCUCAUUCGCAUGCGGGACCCCCGGAACAUUACAGAGGCUCCACUAGGCUCCGUGCUGCGGCAAGCGGAGCCACGGCUAGUGAACCAUAAGCAGUACCUGGAGGCCAAGCGGCUGCUCAAGGAAUUCCAGGCCCGCUAUCGGCGGCUGGUGCAUGGCUCUCUGCGGACUGUGUUUGGUGCCAGCCCAGCGUCCCAACCUCUGCCGGCGCCCAGCGAGGACCAACCCAAGUUUGGCCGCUUCCUCGAGUUCAUGGACGAGUUCUGCCAGGAGCCCACAUCCAGUGACUCAAAAGCCUAGGGCUGCACGUGGGUAGCGUCUGCUGUCUGUCCCCAUCCUCCCCAAGGCCUCUGCACCCUUGAACUUGCCUCUGGCCAGGUGGGGCCUGGCACGGGCCUCCAAACUUGCCCUGACCUUGCUCGCUGGUCACAGAGUGGGGAGUUCCAGAGGACCUCACCACUGGCCCAGCAGCAAUAAAGAGCAGGUACGUAGAGCCGCUGAACAGGCGCCAGGCAUCCUUCCUUGAAAGCCGGGCAAGGAACACAGCGACUGUCACACUGGAGAGAAGGCCUUGCUGAUGCAUUCAUCCCAAGGGUCCUGUGGGAAACUCACUUGAGUCAUGCAUACGACAGCUGUUAGGUCAGAAAAUAGGGGUGAUGGGAACAGAGUAGCAGCACAGAAGCUAAUGAUUUUGCCCACAGGCAGUACAAUGAGGGGGCAAAAUCAAGGCCCCUGAAAUGUGCUUUUUCUGUUGGGCACCUUUUUCUAUGGUAAUGAGGAAAAGAAGAUUGUUCCCUUAUCAGACAGGCAUGGUCACAAAGGUGGGACAAGCAGGGAGGGUUUAUUUGGCAAUUCCCAGGGUCUUGUAGUCCAAGACACACCUGAAGGUACAGAAGCAAACACAAUGGGCUGUGGCUCCAAAACACACCCUGGGGCUGUGCAGAGUCACUGGGGCUUCCUAAGUAAGCAGUUCUGCCAAGGUAGGCUGUGCGAUUGCCCUAUGCUUGAUGGGGCUUAGUAGGCAGCAACACCUGUCUAGAGAAGGCCUGGGGCUGGAUUCCAGGAUGCUGGAUUCCAGGGACGAUUCUAGGUAUGACCUAGUCAUGUGGGCAACCCUUGGUCCUCUCCUGAGGAUGCCUACAAUUCAGACCUUUAGAGCAGGCUGCAGUUCCCAAGGUCUGGGAAGCAGUGGCACAAAAAUUAAGGAUCCUAGGGGGAAAUUCCCAUAGCCUAAACUGCAACUACAUAUUCACAUGCUAUUGUACUCAAGUGCAGCCUCACAAGUGGCCAGUUCAAUGUUUGUACUCAGUGGUGGUCACCUACACACACACACACACACACACACACACACACAUACACACACAUGUUCAUUGUAACAGUGUGCUACACAGGUCACACAGGUGACAAAAGGUAUGUCUUACUCAUUGACACAGGCACCUUAACAGAUGCAGGUAAUAUAUAUGACCCACAACAGCGCUCAUAGGCAGGGGAAUGUUGCUGACCAGCUUUAAUUUCCUGGGGCUCUAAACCACCCUUCCACACAAUCAUGCUCACCAGUUUCCAGUUCUGAUAGCUACCUGCACUGUGCUUUCAGCCAUAAGUUCUAUCAAACCAUAGGCUCUCGGGCCUCCAGGGCUCCUGGGCAUGUCUAUCCCAUCCAUCUCAAGAAAGGCAACUUGCCUAGUAGUUGAGAUACUGUGUGUGCACAUCUAGCAACUGGGAGCUUGUUCCCUCCAAAGGCUGUCCUUUCCUUUUUUGGGAAAGCUUUUGGACAGUUCAAGCCUUUGAGCUAUACUGCCUGCUUGCCUCAGUGGUGCCAGUUCUACUUUUUCAGCCAAAAGUAUAUCUGCUCUCUGCCUACCCAAGCCAACCCUACAUCAACAUGCGAGUAUCCUGAAAGGGGACACUUGGGCCAAACACUACUUUCUCAGUUAAGGAUAAAUAAAUCGGUUGCUUCUCCUAGACUGAGAUUCUGCUACUCAUUUGGAAUUUCUGAUCUGAUUAGCUUUCUUAUCAUGGAGGCUGCAGAAUGGUAGAUUUUUGCCUCCCUUUCCUUCACAUGUAACCAAAUGUUAUCCGUAAAGAACUCCCAGGAAGGAAGCCAGCACUCAGUGACUGCUCCUUCUCUAGGAAGACCUAACAACAUGGCAGCUGUUUCUUACUCAUCCUUUCAGCUGCAGCUCAGGUGUCCUUGACUCUUUCCAAACUGAACUGUUUUUCUAGUUAUGCAUCCAAGAUGCCAGUGAGAACCCUAGGAGUCACAUGUGGCGUGGAUACAGCUCAUGCCUCACAUCCCUGCUGCCUUAAGAUGCCUUUCGCCCUUACAAGCGGGUACAGAGAAGAGAGAGUGUGGUCUCUAUCCCUGCCAGUCCCAGCCCAGGCAGCAGGGUGGGGAGGAGGAGUGUUUGUCCCAGAAAGCAACUGAACACACUGUCAAAGCUAACUGUAGAGGGUGGAACAGAAAAAACAUUAGAUUUCCCAAGGUUAGAUGGAAAAAGAUACAUGUAUUUCUGUUAGAUGAGAAACUGAUGCUGAGUAUUUUGAAUUCCUAAAUGAUGGUUCCAAAAAAGAAUACUUUGUUAAAAAAUCAGAUUUCUAAGUACAGCCCUAACGUGCAAGGACAGUGUCAUCCUAUACAUUAGUCUUUUUUGGUGCCUUCAUUAGGAAGAUGAACGGCUGAAUGUGAGAAUGCCAGCAAACUGCAGAUAACUUACAUUGAACAGUGUAAUUGUGAAGUGUACAUUCGAAAUCCUCUCCCACUUCCUAAUCUCUCCCACCAUUCUCAAGGCUAAAACAGGACAUUUUAAAGUGUUAUCCAGCACAAGGAUAGCACCAAAAGUCAAACAACACAGUCUUAUCCCAUGUUUGUCUGAGAUUGCUCUCCAGAGACAAGAAUUUGAUUAGAAACAAAUUUACUUUCAUGAAUUUGCUUUACUGUAUUCUCAACUUGGGCCGUGCCUCAAGCAGGCAAAUACGCGUUGAAGAAUGCACUUUGGUACUGUAAAUAAACAACACAACUGUC